AUGUCUUCCAGCAUCCAAUCAUUGUUGAAAACGGAGAAGGAAGCCGCCGAGAUCGUUAACGAGGCUAGAAAGUACAGAACCUCGCGCUUGAAGACCGCUAAGUCUGAUGCUCAAAAGGAAAUCGACGAGUAUAAGGCUCAGAAGGAAAGCGAGUUGAAAGAGUACGAGAGCAAGCAUGCUGGCUUGAACGAGAGCAUUGAGAAGGAUGCCGAUGCUGAAGUUGAAAAGGAAUUAGUCGAUAUUAAGAAGAAGUUCGACGAGAAGAAGAGUGCUGUGGUUGACUUGUUGGUUAAGGCUGCCACCCAGCCAACUCCAGAGUUGCACAUCAACGCUUAG